UUUAAUCCAAGAAGCCAUAACCAACCUAGGAUCUAGGAUCUAGUUUCAUUAGGCUUCAUUUCUUAUUUCGCCGCCAUCAGCUCAUUAACUUCCAUCUUUCGUAUUACAAUAACAAUAAUAUCUUAUAACUUAUAAGUUAUUAUUAAUUAUACGCUUUUUUAUACACAAUCAUAUUCACAAAAAUUUAUAUCAUCCCAUCAAUGUUUUAUUUUUAUAUUUUUAUAAGACACGUAAAAAUUUAAUUAGUGUUAUCAAUUAUCAUCCAAACAACUGUUAGUACAUACAAAAUUUUUCAAUUUAAUUUUUUUUCUUUUAUAUUUAUAAUAGGUGUGGUAAUAUAUAUUAUUAUUUAAAUAAAAAUAUUUACAACCUAUAGUACAAUGACUGAGGAAAGCAUUGAAUUCAACAUGUCCUUGAAGGAUUGGGGUAACGAAAAACUCCAACGAGCUCAAAAAACAGUCGAUGAAAGCCCAUAUGAUUUAGAAGCAUGGAGUGUUUUGAUUAGAGAAGCACAAAAUCGGAAUAUUACUGAAGUUAGACCCGUAUUUGAAAAGUUAGUAACUAUUUUUCCAUCUGCUGGUCGAUACUGGAAAAUUUAUAUCGAACAAGAGAUAAAAAUGCGCAACUAUGAAAAAGUAGAAAAGUUGUUCCAAAGAUGUCUAAUGAAAAUCUUGAAUAUAGAAUUAUGGAAAUUAUAUCUUUCGUAUGUUAAAGAAACUAAAGCGAGUCUUGCUACUUAUAAAGAAAAAAUGGCACAGGCAUAUGAUUUUGCAUUAGAUAAAAUCGGUAUGGACAUACAUUCAUACAGUAUUUGGAACGAUUACGUAACAUUUCUUAAAAGUGUCGAAGCUGUGGGUUCUUAUGCAGAAAACCAAAAAAUCAGCGCUGUUCGCAAAGUAUACCAGCGAGGAGUUGUUAAUCCAAUGAUAAAUAUGGAGCAAUUAUGGAAAGACUAUAUGGCGUUUGAACAAAAUAUAAAUCCAAUAAUUGCUGAAAAAAUGGCAAUUGAAAGAUCAAGGGAUUAUAUGAAUGCACGUCGUGUUUCUAAAGAACUUGAAGCUGUUACUCGUGGGCUGAAUCGUAGCGCACCUAGUGUACCACCUACUGGACACCCUGAAGAAAUAAAACAGGUUGAGUUAUGGAAAAAAUAUAUUGCUUGGGAACGAAGCAACCCUUUGAGAACUGAAGACACAUCACUUGUUGCUAGACGAGUAAUGUUUGCUAUUGAACAAUGUCUACUGUGUUUAGGUCAUCAUCCAGCGGUUUGGCAUCAAGCGGCCCAUUUUCUCGAGUUGAGUUCGAAAAUUCUUACGGAAAAAGGAGACGUCAAUGCAGCUAAAAAUUUGAGCGAUGAAGCAGCAACCAUGUUCGAACGUGCCACUAAUACUUUGUUGUCCAAAAAUAUGUUGUUGUAUUUCGCUCACGCGGAUUUUGAAGAAGGAAGAGUUAAAUAUGAAAAAGUACACCAGAUUUAUCAAAAGUAUUUGGAUAUUCCAGAUGUUGAUCCAACUUUAGCCUAUGUACAGUACAUGAAAUUUGCUAGAAGAGCUGAAGGUAUUAAAUCAGCUAGGACAGUAUUUAAACGCGCGCGUGAAGACACACGAUCACGUCACCACGUUUAUGUUGCAGCAGCACUUAUGGAGUACUAUUGCACUAAAGAUAAAAAUAUCGCGUUUAGAAUUUUUGAAUUAGGUUUAAAAAAAUUUGGCGACAAUCCAGAUUAUAUUUUAUGUUACAUCGACUACUUGUCUCAUUUAAAUGAGGAUAAUAAUACACGUGUAUUAUUUGAAAGAGUUUUAUCAUCUGGUAGUUUAGAACCUGAAAAAUCAGUUGAUAUUUGGAAUCGUUUUUUGGAAUUUGAAUCAAAUAUUGGUGAUUUAGCUAGUAUUGUUAAGGUUGAAAAACGGCGUAGUGCAGUAUUAGAAAAGUUAAAAGAAUUUGAAGGAAAAGAAACAGCUCAAUUAGUAGAUAGAUAUAAAUUCUUCGACCUUUAUCCAUGUUCGCCAAUGGAAUUGAAAUCAAUCGGAUACCAUUCAGGAAAUUUAGGUAGAAAUAAUAUUGGAGGUUCGUUACAAAGACCUGCGGACAAUGAAGAAGUUAUAGCAGCAUUACCACGACCAGAUUUAUCGCAAAUGAUACCCUUUAAACCGAAAGUUAAUGCUCUACCCGGUGAACAUCCAGUUCCAGGCGGCACGUUUCCAUUACCGCCAGCUGCUGCCCAACUCUGUACAUUACUUCCGCCACCGGGUUGUUUUCGCGGACCUUUUGUCGCUGUUGAUCUUCUCAUGGAUGUUUUUAGUCGUAUACAAUUACCUGAACAAGCUCCGCUGCCCGUUGCAGACAAUGGAUGUGAUACAAAAUUAUUCGAUCUAGCAAAAUCAGUACACUGGAUUGUAGACGAGAGUAAUGAUGGCACUGGAAUUGGUACAAAAAGACGACGAACGCGCUUAGGUGCUGAAGACAGUGAAGAUGAAGACUUACCACCACCGCCUGUUAAUGACCUUUAUCGUCAAAGACAACAAAAACGUGUUAAAUAAUACAAUAAUUAAUAUUAAUAACAAUAAGUUUUUGUAUUUAAGCGUACAAAAAAAAAAUAAGUAGUUAUACUUAUAAGAAUUAAAUAUUAAGUUGGCUGUAAGCUAAUGACUAAUUUCCGAAAUCAAUUUAAUAGUUUCAAAAUUUAUAGAUUAUUUUUUCAUAAAAUUUUUUUUCAUUACGCUUAAAAAUGAUUUAUCAAGGCUGUUUAAAUUAUUAUUAAUUAUUGUUCUUAAGAACCUCGAACUUUAUAAAACUGUUCAAUUACUGCCUUAAUUAUUAAUUUCUUUCAAUUAAUUAAUUUAAGUUGAUUGUUUAAUUA